CCCUCCAGGCAGCGUGCACAAUUCGAGCUCAUGCGCAGUGUGCGGGUUACUGCAGCUUCUAGAGAGAGCCAGCGCAACAGCGAGAUCACAGAAACGGUUAAAGAUGACUACCUCUUGGAGCGAUCGACUUCAGAACUACUCGGAUCUUCCUGCCAACAUGGAUGGCUUGUCUAUGAAAAAGUACAGACGAGAGGCCUAUCACAGAGUUUUUGUCAACAGAAGUUUGGCAAUGGAGAAGAUUAAAUGCUUUGGUUUUGAUAUGGAUUAUACCCUAGCAGUAUACAAGUCUCCAGAGUAUGAAUCUUUAGGAUUUGACCUGACAGUGGAGAGGCUGGUUUCCAUUGGCUAUCCACAAGAACUUCUAAAUUUUGUUUAUGACCCAACCUUUCCAACCAGAGGCCUGGUGUUUGAUACGAUGUAUGGGAAUCUGUUAAAAGUAGAUGCCUAUGGCAACAUUUUGGUAUGUUCCCAUGGGUUUAACUUCAUGCGUGGUCCAGAAAUUCGAGAACUAUAUCCAAAUAAGUUCAUCCAGCGUGGCGAUACUGAACGAUUCUACAUCCUUAAUACACUGUUUAAUCUCCCUGAGACCUAUCUUUUUGCGUGCUUGGUUGAUUUCUUCACCAACUGCUCCAGAUACACUAGCUGUGAGACUGGUUUUAAGGAGGGUGAUCUCUUCAUGUCCUACAAGAGCAUGUUCCAGGAUGUCAGAGAUGCAGUUGACUGGGUCCAUUUCAAGGGUUCACUGAAAGAGAAGACUGUUGAAAACUUAGAGAAAUAUGUGGUGAAAGAUGCCAAGUUGCCUUUGCUUCUUAGUCGCAUGAAGGAAGUUGCCAAAGUUUUCCUGGCCACUAAUAGUGACUACAAAUACACUGAUAAAAUUAUGACGUAUCUGUUUGACUUCCCUCAUGGUCCAAAAAUUGGCACAUCUCAUCGACCUUGGCAAUCCUACUUUGACCUCAUUCUGGUUGAUGCCAGGAAGCCUUUGUUUUUUGGAGAGGGCACAGUCCUGAGACAAGUUGAUACAACCACUGGGAGACUAAAGAUUGGAACUUACACAGGGCCACUUCAGCAUGGCAUUGUGUACUCUGGUGGAUCCUCAGAUAUUGUAUGUGAUCUACUAAGUGCUAAAGGUAAAGACAUCUUGUACAUCGGAGACCACAUUUUUGGCGACAUCCUCAAGUCUAAGAAGCGUCAGGGCUGGAGAACCUUCCUUGUGAUUCCUGAGUUGGCUCAAGAGCUGCAUGUUUGGACUGACAAGAGUGCUCUUUUUGAGGAUCUACAGAGUCUGGAUAUUUUUUUGGCAGACCUAUAUAAGCACUUGGACAGCAGCAGCAACGAGAGACCCGACAUUAGUUCACUUCAGAAGCGGAUUAAGAAAGUAACACAUGACAUGGACAUGUGCUAUGGGAUGAUGGGUAGUUUGUUCCGCAGUGGCUCUCGCCAGACCUUGUUUGCCUCUCAAGUGAUGCGCUAUGCUGAUCUGUAUGCUGCCUCUUUCAUCAACCUACUUUACUACCCCUUCAGUUACCUGUUCAGAGCUGCCCAUGUGCUGAUGCCACAUGAGUCCACUGUAGAGCACACUCAUGUAGAUAUCAAUGACACAGAAUCUCCAAUGGCAACACGCAAUCGCCACUCUGUGGACUACAGAGACCAUGAGUGUAAGAAGCACCAGCUGACCCGCUCCAUCAGUGAGAUUCAACCUCCUCACCUGUUCCCCGUGACACCACAGGAGAUCACACACUGCCACGAUGAGGAUGAUGAUGAGGAGGAAGAGGAGGAGGAAGAGUAAGAUUGGAAAGUGAUCAAUGCAACCAUUACUUUAGGUCUUUAGGACCUACAAUUUAUUGAGAAUUAUAAUUUUUUUUAUUUUAUUUUAUUUUAAGAAUUUUAGUUGUGUAAUAAAGCUAAGAAGCUUUGAGGGUGCCUUCUGUUGUUUAGGCAGUCUUGUGCAAAUGAGAGUCACAUUGGAACCCACAGUGCCACCAUCAGAGUCCAGUUUCCUCUUCUUGCCUUAAGGCCAAUAAGGGAGCAGCAGCCUUCCUUCUUAAAUCUAUGGAGACAUUAUUUCUGUUGCCUGUUACCAUGACUUGAUGCAUGAUAUUAAGGGAACAAAUGCAGUAUUUGCCUUAUCGGACCUGCAUUUUUAAGCAGAGCCUUUAAAAAUAUGUGCAUGCAAUGGCCUUACUUUUUAUGUGAAAAAGUAAACCCAUAAUGCAUGAUGGGAACUGUACCUAUCUCAUAUAGUCAGUCAAAGCUUACUGUAACAAGUGUUUAGCACAGGCAACUUCACUUUUUGUUGUUUUUGAGUGAGGGGAAGUAAUAUAGCUUUAAAUGGUUUUAUUAGAAAACUGCUGUACAACUAUAUCUGAAGCUUCUAAGCACAAAGACUCCCAUACUAUGCAUCUCUUUUUUUUUUUUUUCUUUUCUUGAAUGCAACCAAAGGGGUUGAAUUACUCAACAAGUGCACAAAGAGGGACUAGUGAGAGAGAGAAAAAAAACUGUCCCACUGUGAAUUAUUCUUGUGAAUUGUGGUCCAGCCAAACCAUAUAUACUGAAGUGACUUGUCCAUGCCUGUAGACCUGGAUCUGCUAUUUUCAUUACAGAUUUACUAUUCUUUUUCUUUUAAAUAGUUGCAUAAUUGAUAGAUUAAUGUUUAUUCUUUAUAUUUUGAUCUAAAACUGUUGCUUAAGUUCUGUUGUGAACUUUUUUUUUUUUUUUUUGCCUGUUAAUUGUGGACAAAUGGAUCAAAACCACAAUGUGAGCAUUACAAUAGUGCUUCAGAGAGCUCAGACCAUAAUGAAUACUGAAAUUUUAAAUAUAACUGAAUUAUAUUGUAGCCAACUGUUUAGAAACGUUUCGACAAAACAAAAGUUUAAAAAUCAGUAACAACCAAGAAUAAGAAUGAUGGUUAUGAAGACUGUAUCUAUGGUUUGUUUUUUUAAUUGCCAGAUUUUUAAAUCACACCACAAUUACUGUUUGCAGUGCAUAAAUUAGAUUAGUUUUUCUUUCCUUUUUUUACUGACUGAGCUGCUGUAAACCAGUCCCUCUUUUUCCAAUUUAUUUUAAUCUAUCAUGUGUAGGUUAAGGAAGUUUUUUAAUAAAGGACAUUGUUUAUUAGCAUGUUAUCUAUUGUGCAGCAAGUUAACCAGAACUGUUUACUGUGCAAGCACUAAAACUGCCUUCAUUUAUGUCCUUACAGAUGUAACUACUGGAGCAUGACCUCAUUUUAACAUGCACAUUAGCCUCUUUUUUCCCCGACAGCAGUAUCACCUUGGCCGAGUCAUGGAAACGGCUAUAUAUUACGAGGAAAGGCAGUGUGUUUAAUAGCAUGUAAUGAGUGACGCACAUGUAAAUUGUUGUGAAGCCCAUGCUGCAUGCAGCCACUUCCACAGUGAAACUGGGCCUUAUCCAAAUGCAAUCACAAUGAGUGUGCAUAAAUAGUAGCUUAACUUUUGAUUUUCUCAAUUGCUUUCUCAACUACUUGCUACAACUUGGUUUCUUUGGGCAAUUAAGUGUUCACAAAGUGGUGAUGUUAAAGUUGUGGUGGAGGAAACUUCAGUCAAGUUAUCUGUUCUCAUGCCUCACACACAAAAAAACGCUUUCAAGCUUUGUUUGCAUUUGUUAUAUUUUGCCCUAUUCAUUUUACAUAAUUAAAAAGAAAAGUUGGAUAAUGUUGAAAGUCUUUAAUUUCACUGCUGAAAUAAAGUUUUAGUGAUCAA